UACCCCUCACUGCAAGACUGAGAGUCUAGCCUCUUUGCACUAGGAUUGAUGCCUCUGGUGGCUUUUUGGUGAGCAGGAGGUCACGGGAUAGCAGGACGCCAGCUUUGACCUAUGGGGAUACUUCUCAACAUCGGAGAGAGAUUACCCAAUAAUCAGAUUUGAAGCAUCUCCAAACAAACCAAAUUUCUCUCCAGCCUUUUACCCCAUAUUUUUGCUUUAGCAACCAUGUCCAGGAGAAAGGUGAGAGGCCUGACCCGUACGGGCCGCCAGGUCAGCGAAGACCCAGACCUGGACAACCUGCUGUCCACUCUCUCCCCGGAGGAGGUGGAGGAGCUGGAGAAGGACAUGAUGAAAGUACCAGACAUCAAGCCAGAGGACGGGAAGAUCCUCGCCCAAGGGGAGAGCCAAGCUGCGCAGCAACCUAUAAGCAACAAUGUCCGGGACGUUAAACAGGACGGCAGGCGCGAGAGUGACCGUAAAGGGAAGCUCAGCGAGAGGGAACAGUCAUUUGAGGGUGAGACAAAGAAGGAGAGCCGGAAGCAGGAAUAUCUGAGGAAAAUGGGCCUGAGCCAGGAGGGGAAUGACGACGUGACAGCAGGACUACAAAGACAAACUAGUGUCUCAAGUGAAAGAGACACUAAGGUCGACAACAGAAACAGCAAAGGUCCAGAAAGUUUGAAAGAGGAACGAAGUCGGCUUUCGAGUAGAUACUCGAAGCAAGAAAGCAGAGAGAGUGACGUGAAGGAGGAGACCAAAGAGAAACACGAGGACAAGAUAAGAGACCGAAGAGAAAACAGGGAGAGCACGGGUAGCAAAACAAAGGAUAUGAUUUCAAAGUUACAGGAAAGAAAAGAUGAUGGCAAAGACAAGAAAGAAGACUGCAGGAGAAGAGAUGAGAGCAAAACCAAAGACAUUAUCUCGAAGCUACGAGAAAAGCACGAGAAGGACACGGGCAAGGAAAAAGAGAGAAGAUCUGAGAGUUUCAGGACACAAGGCCUCGUCUCCAAAAUGUUGGAAAAGCAGAGCAAAGAAAGCCCGGCCCCGCAGAGUAAAACCGAAGAGAAGAAGCCUCAAGCAGAGGAGGAAAAAGCUGAAGAUAAAAACAAGCCCGAUGCCAAACUUGAGCGACAGCCAUCAGAGAGGGGUGAAGUGCAGGUGAAACACGACAAGGCAGAGAAAAGAACAGAUCGAGAGGAGCUGGUUAACCACAGUGACCACGUGAAAGAGAAGGAGAAGAAGAUCGGCAUGGAGGAGAAAGUAGAGGAGAAAAAGGAAAAAGAGGAGAGUAAUGGAAAAGAAACGGAGAAACUUGGCAACUGUGUGGCCAAAAAAAGCCCCAACAGCAAGGCGAAGGAGGAAGAGGAGGAGGACGAAGACUCCAGCAUGUUUGAUGAGCUGAUGGAGCAGGUUCGCAGCAACGACCCCACCCUCACGGAGCUCAAUGUCAACAACUCGGAGGUCAUCAAGACCAAAACACUCAUGGAGUUUGCAGAGGCUUUGCACAAGAACAGCCAUGUGAAGAAGUUUGCAAUGGCUAACUGCCGGGCAGACGACCAUGUGGCUUAUGCCAUCGCGGGCACGCUACGCAGCAACAAGACCAUCACCAGCAUCAACGUGGACUCCAACCAUCUCACUGGCAAGGGCAUCCUGUCUCUGAUCCAGGCGCUGCCACACAACUGCACGCUGACCGAGCUUCGCUUUCAAAACCAGCGUCACAUCUGUGGCGGGAAGACCGAGAUGGAGAUGACCAAGAUCCUGAAAGAGAACACCACCUUGCUCAAACUGGGCUACCACUUUGAGUUAGCUGGACCCAGAAUGACAACGACAAACAUACUGAGUCGCAACAUGGACCGACAGAGGCAGAAGCGCCUGCUGGAGCAGAAGCAGGCCCAGGCCAACGGGGAGAAGAAGGGGGCACUGGAGGUACCCAAGGUUGGGGCUGGAGGGUCUCUGAGAAACUCGCCCAGAGCUUCCCCUAAACCGUCUCCCAUACCGUCCCCUGUGCCAUCACCAAAGCUGACUCCUAAAAGAGGAGCUGGAGGUCCGGCUCCACCACCACCUCCGCCUCCUCCUGGGUGUGGACCUCCCCCUCCUCCUCCUCCCAUGCUGGAUGUAGACUCCCUGAGGAACUCUCUGACCCCGGUGUCGCAGAGGAAACUGGAUGGAAAAAGCCCGGGCGGUUGUAAGAACUCAAGAGACCAACUGCUUGACUCGAUCAGAGGAAACAAUAAGAAACAACUCAAUAAGGUGCCGGUGCCAAAGUGGUUGCAGUAGUAUUUCCUGUUGGAAUAUGAAGUGAAAAAAAGAAGAGAGAGGGAGAACAGACAUUUCGCCACAGUUUUUUUUAUGGUGUUAAUCUCCAGAUAACCCCGGAUGCAGUCGAAGAACUGUGCUGCGGGACGGAUGGAGAAGGUGAGACAUGAGAUGCCCAUCGAUUGGAUGACCAGCACUCACAAUGAGUUCUCCCCUCAAACACUGGACCAAAAGGACUCUGUGGAGAAUGAGGGAUGCAGGUUUCUCUAUUAACCGACUGCAAAGAGUGCCAUGAGUGUUGUGGUUGUUGUUGUUGUCUUCAGUACAUAUUGACGCUUUGCUGGUUAUUUGCACUAGAUAAUAUGAAGCUGGGAGUGUGCGAUAAGCUUAUUGACGAGAGAUUCAAAUAACACUUUAGAAAAUUAUAAUAUACAAAAGGUUUUUCAGCGAUAUAGUGGACAUUAAUUUGACCAUUUAUUUAUUUGUGGAGAGAGAAUCCACCUCAUAUUUGUAAGUUGUAAAUCUGUUCAAACUGGGAAUUCUGAAAUGGCGUUAAUAUCAGGGAAUUAACAAACAUGGCGGCCUGACUUAAAAAAAUCUGGGUAAGAAAAAAGAAAAGGUGGGUCACGGUGGUCUUUGAUUGUGUGUCUCAUUGCCAAAUCUCAUGACAUCUCAGGCAGGAUUUGAUGGAUUGGAAAGCAGCCCAGUGGAAUCCUGGUGCAUGACGAAAGAAUUUUAGCAUGGAAAGAUUACAUAAUGCAUUUUUAUCAGGAAGUGCAAAUGGCUGUCCUUCGGUAUCUGAUGUUAUAAUUUGUACAGAAUCAUUGUAGCAUGGGUGUUUGAAUACCUUACAUAACCUAAUGUCUUAACCUUAGGGGGAUUUAUGAAACCAUUACUGGCUUAUAGCAACCCUCCUGUUGAUGUAUGCCUUUAUGUACUUUUAAGUGAAUGUCAUUUCAAAAGGAAUUUAAUGAUGAUCAUAAUUCAGAGGGGCACUCAUAUGUGCACUGUGUAAUGAAAGAUUACACAUGCCUUUCUUACAGAGCCUGUAUGUCUUCAAUAAAAUAUUCUGUAUGUUUGCAAUGAAAAGUCACAAGUGUAAUGUUAUGCCUUAUAUAAUAAGGAUAAUAUGACCAGUAUGUGUAAAGUUAAAUACAACUGACAUUUAUAAUAUGUUCC